AUACGUUAACCGUAUGCACCUUCCUGCCAUAGUACAUUCCUGCUUCAAUGCAGGACUCAUAUUGAUAACGUUGCGAAAUUCAGAAACGCUAUGGCACAUACGGUAAUUUGAAUGUAGCCUUAGCAAAACCACUGCGCGUUCUUCCCCGUUGGCCGCAACAACCUCGUUGCUGACUGGCCCGAAAUCUCUUUUAUACUUAUUCCAGCCAAUCGAAAUCCUGGAAAAAACUGCUGUUGCGGUACAAUGGAGGAGACAGCUCAACUGCAGCCUGCACCAAAGGAAUAAUAAACAAGCCUACGUGCAAGAAGCUCCUGCUAAGAAAACCAUCAAUUAUCAAAGAACCGAGAGAGAAAUAGAGAAUGGAUUAAACAUGGAUUCAGUCCAGAAUAUGGUUUGAAAUUUGAGAAGGUCUUCUAUCACCUUUUCACUUGUAGCGGUUGCUGUGUCGCAAGACCCUACUGGACACAGCCUGCUGAGUCAAUGGAGGACUCUCCCAAAUUAUACAUUUCAGAGUUUGGGGAGGACGAAAAUGUAGAGGAGCAGCAGGAGGAGGAAGAGGAGGAGGAAGAGGAUGAUGACGACUACGAGGAAGAGGAUAUUGAGGAUAAGGACUCAGAUUCAAACGCGUCCUGCCAAAGACCUGAGGCCAAACUGUGUGGAGACCUGAAUGAGGGUAUAGAACCAGUCCCCGAGGGGAUGCAAGAGGAUUCCGACCAUGACGCUGACGUCGAAUUCCGUGACUCAUUCCCCUGCCAGCACUGCGAGAGACAUUUCACCAGUAGGCAAGGCUUGGAACGUCACUUACACAUCCACGCUUUGGCCAACCACCAGACGCAUACAUUUAAAUGUAAAUACUGCAGCAAGUCUUUUGGCUCAAAGGUUGGUCGAAGGAGACAUGAAAGGAGGCAUGAAAAUGCGAGGACCAGGCCUGGCUCGUUGAUAAAGCCUGUGGGCUCUGUGUGUUUUCCGUUACAGACUGAUGCUGCCUCUGUGGCAGCUGGCUCCUGUACCUCAGGUUUGGCAGAGGGAGAUCCUAAAUCUCUCAGUGAUGAGCGUGGAGAAUCACAGGGCGGUCAUGCCUGCAAGUACUGCAAAAAGGUUUUCAGCACGCACACAAACAUGCGACGACAUCAGCGCAGAAUUCACGAGCGACACCUCAGGCUCAAAGGAAAGUCCCUGCUGCCGUCGCAGGCAACACCGCUGAAACUGUCGGCCACUUCGUCUCAGAAGGACCCCAAGCUUGUCUGCGAGACAAACCCAGCUGCAGUGAUGGUGAACGAGGGGGAGCAAGAGCAGCAUUACAUGCUCGACAUCUCCAGUAACAUCUCGGAGAACCUCAGCUUUUAUAUCGACGGGAAAAUAGUGUCGACCAGCACUGUCAGCACUUGUGAAGUACUGGAAGUCAACGCUGGAACUGCCCUGGUUAGCCUGGAUGCAGUGAUUCUUAAUCCUGCCCAGAUUGGCCAGGUUCUGAAUGUGGAGGCUGCCACAGGGAAAGAAAUCCCCGGUCAGCCCUUGAUGAAAAGGAGAACUGCAACACCGCCUCUGCUACCACAAAUAAAAACCGAACUGGAAUCAGAGUCGGUACUUACAUCCUCUUCCUCAUCUAUAAUGUCCUCACUGAUAGAAAGUCUUCUUCCUCAUAAUACAGAGUCUACUGUUCUCCAGAAGGAGAAAACUGUUUUCCUGUCGCCUAAACUAAAACAGCUCUUACAGAGUCAAGAUGGCCUCAGGCCUACUCUUGCCCUAAUUACCGAUGGCCAAAAUCUAUGUUCACCACUCUCCCUCACCGUCUUGCCAGCAGGAUCCGGGAGGUUUAAAAGGAGAACUGGAUCUCCUCCAAACACACCACAACAAAGCCCGACGCUAAACGUUGAAAACACAGUACCCGACCAAGGAGAUUCAGCUGCGCUCAUUGAACCGCAGUCGAAAAGUCACUGUAGUUCACCCGCACUCGACAUGUCGAGUAAUGAUGACAACGCUUCCUGUCCGCCUGUGGAGGAGCCAAUGACAACUUGCGUCCUGCAUGAUGGCUGGCCUUCGAUGAGCGGGGGUAAUUCCUGCAACCAGCAACCUCUGGAUCUCUCUGCUGCUGUCAGAAGAAGCGAAGACGAGGCGUCCGGGGAAGCGGUGUUAGAUUUAAGUUUGCAAAGAAAGAGCCCUGACAAUUUAGAAACAGAGGGAAAUGUUACACUUCAGCCCCCCGCCAAAAAGAGGAAGCCUGACGCCAGCAUGUUGGCAAAGGUCCUGAGAAAUGAGUACGCAAACCUAGAUAUUAGCGGCGUAGAGCAAGGAGUGGAUUUGUGCGAAAAUUCCGAGGCACCUUUAGUCACAGACAUUGCUAUAGUAACCACCUCUGACAUAUCAGCUGCUACUGAAGGACUUGUGUUUGGAUUGGCCCUUCCCGCUGCUACACUCAAUCCAACACCUUCCUCUAAUCCUGUCUCCAUCCACCCUUCAUCAUGUACUUUUGCACUUACUGCUUCUUCUACACAUACAGUACUCCCAACUGCUCCCUCACUGUUUACAGUUUUAGCACCACCCACUUGUACUUCAACCUCUGGUGUUGUGACCCCGAAAAUAUCCUCAGAACCUUUUGUCAUCUGCACUGACAAAACGUUUAACUCAGAUGUGCAGUGUAAUUUGAGCACUGGCUUGCCAGAUUGGGCUUCUGCCAAUGCUGCAAGCCUGGUUACCAUCUCCCAGCCUAUUGACCCAGCACUUAGUCUACACAGUCAAAUGUUUCUCACCGAUCCGAACAUUAAUCAAAUGGCACUCACCGCACCGAUUCUUCACUCAACCAUCGGGUCUGAAGUUCCUUGUCCACCAGCUUUGACUCUUAACGAUUCUCUUGUCAACUCCUUUAACAUUACAAGCAACACUGUUUUAAUCGAAUGUACCAUAGCCCUAGAUGCCCCAGAGAAUAUGGUCCCCAAUGACAUAACGGUACAGGAAAGCCUUAGGGAACCCCCAGCACCGGUUGAGAUGGUCAUAAAUCACGUUGAGCAACAACAGAUUGUUUCCAUGCCUCAUCAAGACACUGCUGAACCUGCUUAUCUAGUAUCCUCCAAAGCGGAAUCUGUCACUCUUUCAACCACAGCUACGGUCAAACCUGAUUUUCCUCCUGAUGGAGAAACAAACGAAACCCCUGUCUCAGACGUAAAAGAGGAAAUAACCCAAAAAGAGGAAAAAACGGAAGAAUCGAUAGAUGAAUCUAAGAACGCCAUCGAAACGACAACUGAAACAGCCCCACCCACCUCCAAUGAAACGGCAGAAGAAGCAAAUGACACCAAGCCAGUGGAGACUUUCACAAAGAACUUCAUGUGCAACGUUUGCGACAAGCUUUUUCAUUCAAUGAAGGAGCUGGGUCAUCACGUAAGUGAGCAUUCUGACACGUGGCCGUACAAAUGCGAGUUUUGUGUGCAGCUGUUCGACAAUCCCUCUGCUUUGCUCGAGCACCGCUCGUCCCUCCACGGCGUCGGCAAGAUCUACAUUUGCAGUUUGUGUACCAAGGAAUUCGCCUACCUUUGCAACCUGAAACACCACCAGGAAGAGCUGCAUCAGGGCCAUCAGUGCACCCACACAGAGGAAGAGAAGGGCAAGCUACGACCCCAGAAUUACAACAGUUCAGUGAAGGUCAAUCCAGAGACUAUACCGCUCAAACCCCCAACAGAAUCCGAUCGAAUUGUAACAAAAGACGAGGAAGAACUGGACGAGGCCUCCGAGGAAUUAUUCACAACUAUAAAGAUUAUGGCUUCUGACGGACUAAAGGUCAAAGGUCCAGAUGUACGCCUUGGUAUCAACCAGCAUUACCCCAGCUAUAAACCUCCGCCUUUUCCCUACCACAAUCGCUCACCGGCUGGCUCGAUGGCGUCAGCCACCAACUUCACCACCCACAAUAUCCCUCAGACCUUCAGCACUGCAAUCCGAUGCACCAAGUGUGGCAAAAGCUUUGAUAACAUGCCAGAGCUUCACAAACACAUCCUUUCCUGCGCCAACGCCAGUGACAAAAGACGUUACACGCCCAAAAAGAAUCCUAUCCCUCUCCGACACUUUGCAAAAGCCCAAAAUGGAGUGUUGUCUUCUACUAACGCUACAAACGGACAGAAUGCCCCUCAGAUGGCGAGUCAAACCAACAGGCCCAAAUCAAAUCAAGAAGCCCCUCCCAAACAGAAGCUAAGUGCACUCAACAAAAGGAAAAAACAGUUGGUGCAAAGAGCCAUCACGCGGAGGAGUAAGUCAGACGUUUCGUCUAAUAAAGUUUCCUCCGUUCAAGUGGAGGAGGAGCAGGAGAUCUUUGCCUGUCCGCACUGCAGUAGGGAGUUCACGUACCGCCGGAGCCGAACUAAGCACAUGGCAGUGUGCCCCAUGAAACCCAAAGAGGCGAAGAAGAGAAAAGACGGAGGCGUCUCUUUCACGAAAGAAAACAACGGGCACCUUCGACGAGGAGCAGCUAAGGAAGAAGAGGAAAAGCAAGCACCCCAACAAAAUACCAGAGCCCACAGUUCCAACCUGGCCAAGAGGGCGGCCAUCGCACCUGAACAAGCGGUUCUAGCAAACAAAAAAAGUAGAACCAUAUCAAAGGGAAGCAUCCAACCACAGCAAGAGGCCCCUAAGCUCACGGCUCUGUCCGUAGUGCGGCCGGUCAACUCUCAAAGCCAAGACAGUAGGGAACAGCAAGGUGUCAAAGACGUCCCUAACAGCGUUACCGUAAACACCAAACCGGCUCCUGCGCAGACUAGGCAGGAGGUAUCCCCACAGGCAGACACACCAGGUACUGAGGGAGUGUCUACCCAAGAGAAGGUUGGCAGUGAAUGAAGAAGAAAUCAGAAGACCAACAGGUUUCUACUGUAUUAAAGUGAUUUGAUGUGGCGCUGCAGUAGUUGGGCUGAGCAAUUACAAAACAGACUGCUGGAGGGAAGUACAGAGCAGCAUGGAUGUUCUGCAGAGGACUAAUGGACCUUUUACCACAACUUAAUGAAGAAAAAGGUGUCAAAGAAGUCAAGAGGAAUGCCUAUAAAAAGGAUUUGGACAAUAUUUGGGGCGCUUUUGUAGUUCAGUUUUAUAUAUUUCUUGUCUAUUUCAGAGACGGUUUGGAAAAGACUGCUGUGCACUUUUGUGAGGGGUGUUUUACAUGCCAUUCUUGUGUAAAUCACAAGAUGGUUUGAUUGAAUACAAAAUCUAGAAAACAAGGCAAUUUUAUCAUUGUUAUCUAAAAUGUUUCAUUUUUAUUUUGCAGGUGGCAAUCAAAUGGGCAUGCAAUCAUACUGCUUUGAUCUCUGUAUACUGUCUGUGCCCUUUGUUUGUACAGUUAUUGCAUGCUAACAGCUUGUUGUACAAUGUCCUGAUCCAAGUGUAUGGAGAUUUACAACCACAUGUUUGAAUUUGAAUGAUGCUUCAAGGUCAAGUCAACCAUGUUAAACAAGGGAGUCCUGUAUUUAAUGAUAAAUUGGAUUGAAUCCAUGAAAGAAAAAGUGUAUUUCCUGGUGCUGGUUUGCAACCUGAAAGAUUAGGGUUAAUUUAACUGAUUGAAUAAAUUGCAUUUAAGCACUGAUUGUUAGAUUAAGGGAUACAUAUUAUAAUUUAAGGACAAUGACAAUUUAACAUUUAACAAAACCAUAAGUGAAAGAUUAUCUAUUAUCCAAAGAUGUUGCUGUGCCAUAGAAAUAUGAUAUAAAACAUUUUACAGUUCUUUUUUUAUCUGAAUUCAGAUUUAACGAACAAUAGUUAAGACUAGAGUUCGUCACAAGGUUUCAGAAACUACUUGUGAUAUAAUUUGCACAGUUUUACCCCACAUUGACAAAAAUGACAAAUUUUCGUAUGGAAUACAGCUCACGUGAAAGAGUACUUCUGUUCUAUUUACUACUUAGAUUGUCAUAUUGCCAUGGGGAUAGAUUAACGAUAUGUUGCUUGCUGUCAAAGAUGGACUGUAAUUUAAUUUUACUUUUUCUCUUACCAAUGUAGACCGUGUUGUAGCACAAUUACAUUUUAUGGUAAAUGUUUAUCUGAUAUAUAUGAUUGGAAUUUAUUCAAAACUGGAAGAUAUGUGAAACAUUAUAUUUAAUUCGAUAACUUGGUUUUUAGUUACAGAGGACCUUUUGUGAGAGUCUAGCUUUCAUUAACAGUGUAUUGUCUGUUUGUUGCUAAUUUACAUGUCUCUUUUGAAACUAUUUGGCCGGAAUCCUCAUGUUUCAAAGCGUGAAAUAGGAGAAAUGUUUGUUCAUUUAACUCCAGCAUACUAAUGUGAUUUGAAAUUCACGGGGAAGAUAAGCAGGGUGAUUUGUCUAUGUAAUUGGUGGUUAAUCAAUAGUAUCACAGACAAAUAAUAUUUAGUGUUUGUAUAAUCCCUGAAAUUAGUUCUCGGGAUUAGUGCAGUCUUUUCCCUCGGUUAUGUCUUUCAUUCAGACUGACCUUGGAGCAGUGCGUUUUGUGGAGGGCAGAUAGAAAAUAAUGUGAAAACUGCUUGUAGCAUCUCAAUGUAAUAUAAGUCUUGUAUAUUUAUGAAUAAUUUAAAUCAUGUAUCAAUAUGAAUGGUUCUGUGUACGAUUUGCACUAAUGUUUUCUUUUCUCAAAGUGUGUUAAAUAAACAGAGAAUGUCCAAUUGGAUUUGUUUGAGGAA